AUGUUUUUAUUUUGUCUUAUUUCGCGAGUGUCAGCAGACCAAGAUUCAGGUACUGAUUUCUACACAGACUUUAAUUUAGUGAAAGACAAGAAUUAUGAUAAAACAAUUGAAAUUCCAUCAUAUUAUUCAUCGUAUUCAUGUGAUUUUACCACUAUCACGGCUCAAAAAGUCCUUGUGAAGUUUGAGGGAGGUUCUCUCAGACUUUAUGUAACAGCUCUUGGAUUACCACACUUUGUUUACGUUACAUUUAUUGCUACGCAACAAGAUUAUUUAGCAACUUUAAUGCAAGCACAUCUAUAUGGAAAUGUAUUUUUCGAAACCCAGUCUCCCUGUCAAGUAUAUACUUACUUUGAUAAUAAUUAUCCAGAUGUGUUGCCUGUUGCUUACUUCACUGCAUCUAGUCCUGCCGUUGGAUAUUUUAAUGAAGGAAUUGGAAAGCCAGGUCAUAAUAUUUUAACAGAUAUUCGAGGUGUUGCUCCGGAUGAAACGAUUUCCAGACCAACUGUAAGUCAAGGUGAAACAAUUACAAUACUUAAUUACAAUAAUGUUGUUUUUCAUCCUUUUGUAUCAAUUGAAGAUGCUCAAUAUUAUAAGCAUUCCAGUGCUGCUCCAAAACCUCAGACACCCAUUAAAACUCCAUUUCCCACCGCAUAUGAAACUCUAUCUUCCACAGCACACGAAACUCCAUUUUCUACAGCUCAUCAAACUCCAUUUUUGACAGCACACGAAACCCCAUUUUCUACAGCUCAUCAAACUCCAUUUUUGACAGCUCAUCAAACUCCAUUUUUGACAGCUCAUCAAACUCCAUUUUUGACAGCACAGGAAACUCCAAUUUCGGAAGAAGAUGAGACUCCAUUUUCCACAGCACACGAAACUCCAUUUUCUACAGCUCAUCAAACUCCAUUUUUGACAGCACAGGAAACUCCAUUUUCCACAGGACAUGAAACUCCAUUUUUGACAGCAUAUGAAACUCCAUUUUUGACUGCGCAUCAAACUCCGUUUUUGACGGCGCAUGAAACUCCUUCUGUUACAGCAGAAGUUCCUCCAACACCAAAUAUAUCCGAAUUAACUAAUGAAAACGAGACUCAAAAGCGUGAAAAUGUUUAUGAUGGAAUGUAUUACAUCAAUUCUCGUCUAGCAGAGAUCAAGAAGUACUAUAAGAACACUGAGGCAACAAUUAUUUGUGAUGAAGAUCGUUUGAACUACAACAUCGUCGCAAUUAAUUCAACAAUUGAAGUUAAGUCUGAUUCACUCUGUCAAGCCUCUGUUUAUGGUAGACACAACAAGAUCAUCGCUAAUGGACCGAUCUCAUUCUUAAUAUAUGCAGACACUAACUAUCUCACAGAAGAAUUUGAUCUAUCUGAUCCAAAAAGACAUCCCCUUUGGCGAGUGAUCGGAAGCAACAAUGUUUUUAAGACUAAGUUUACUGGUAAGGCAACAGAAGACUACUCCAUUGCAUGGUACGGCUUUGAUGGAAAAGGAACAGUUUUCCCAGAGCUUGGCAGCAACAUGAAAUUCGAAAAUAUUAUUUAUGGUGAUAUUAUUAAUAUGGUAUCAUACGAACAAAUUUCAGCAAGCAGAGAACUUGAAAUGAAAAACUUUAUCAUGCUUUCUGUCAAAUCAGGAGCUAAACCACCGCAAAAACCCUUGUCAUUACUAGUCAUUGUCAAUAUAGUUGGCGCAAUCUCUCUUAUUUUAACUAUAGUUAUUAUUUUUAUUGUGUUUAAAUACGGAUGUAAAGAUUAUGAAUCCGAAUAG